AUGUUGCGGUGGCUCGUGGCGGUGCUCAGUCACUCCUGUUUUGUCUCCAAGGGCGACAGCAUGUUCUACGCGGUGCGCAAGGGCCGGCGGACGGGUGUCUACCGCACCUGGGCGGAGUGUCAGGAGCAGGUGAACAAGUUCCCCUCCGCUAGCUUCAAGAAGUUCGCCACCGAGAAGGACGCCUGGGCCUUCGUGCGCGCCGGUCUUCCGGGGCAGCAGCAGCCCGAGCCGGCAGGGGCACACGGUCCUCCAGCUGUUACACAGGAAAGUGGUAGCCAGAGAGAGGAACCAGAAAUAAGCAUCUUGUGUUGCAAUACAUGCAAAAGGCCGUAUGAACAGUCUACAAAUGAAGAACAUACUGCAAAGCGUGUAAAACAUGAUGAAGUAUACUCAGUGCCAACAGUCAGUGAAGAUAAAUUUUCAUAUAUGGGUGACUUUGCAGUCGUUUAUACAGAUGGUUGUUGCUCAGGUAAUGGACGUAAUAGGGCACGUGCUGGAAUAGGUGUCUACUGGGGACCGGGUCACCCUUUAAAUACCAGUGAAAGACUUCCUGGACGGCAGACUAAUCAAAGAGCAGAAAUACAUGCUGCCUGCAAAGCAAUAGAGCAAGCAAAGAGUCAAAAUAUCAAGAAACUAAUUAUCUACACUGAUAGCAAGUUCACAAUUAACGGUAUUACGAGCUGGGUUGACAACUGGAAAACAAAUGGCUGGCGAACAAGUUCAGGAGGAAGUGUAAUAAAUAAAGAAGAUUUUGAAAGACUUGAUAAUCUAUCAAAAGGCAUAGAAAUUCAGUGGAUGCAUAUUCCCGGUCAUGCUGGCUUCCAAGGAAAUGAAGAAGCUGAUAGACUAGCAAGAGAGGGAGCUAGUAAGCAAAAGUCCUGACGUACUGGGAUUAGAGACUCUUGCAGUGAGAGGAAAAGGACUAACACCACAGUGACAACUUGAACUGCUGUAAUUGUUUCGGAGUUGAACUCUGAACUGUACUACUUUCUGGCCUGAAGUGUUAAACAUAUACCAACUUCUGGGGAGAAAAAAACCCACAUUUUCUUCUGUAGCAUUUGUUUUACAAUCAAGUCAAUAUUUAGUUGACGAUA